CUUGCUUCUUGUGUGUAUUUUAAAAACAAUAUUCAUAUUCAAUUUUUUUUACCCAUUCCUCCAAUUUAAACAUAAUUAAAAUGUCAAACGAAUUGUCAGUGCAAAAGAUUAACGACGCCAGCGGAAACCUCGAGCGAGUGGUUCUCCACGGUCCCAAGAACUCCUCCGCCGAAAUAUACCUGUACGGUGCCACGGUGACCGCGUGGAAGAGCGGCAACAAGGAGCGUCUGUUUGUCAGCAAAAGCGCCAAACUCGACGGUACCAAGGCAGUCCGCGGCGGAAUCCCCCUGGUAUUCCCACAGUUCGGGCCCGGUGCCCUCCCGCAACAUGGCUUUGCACGCACACGCGUAUGGAAGUUUCUUAGUUCCAAUAUACACGGCGAGGGCGUUUCUGCCAGCUUCGAGCUCAGCGACAACGAGGAGACGAGAGCGUCCCUGUGGCCGCAUAAGUUCAUAUUGAUUUACACGGUUGAUAUUACGGCGGACACAAUGUCGACAAUUAUGAAGUUUGAGAACACAGAUGAGGCGGAGUUUGAGUUCACGUCGCUUAUGCAUACGUAUUUGCGCGUGCCAGAUGUUGCUGAGGCAAAGGUGCAUGGACUUCAGGGGUGCGUGUAUGCAGAUAAAGUGAAGGGUGUGAGAGCGGUGGAGGAGAGAGAGGAGGUUACGGUGGUGGCUAAUGAGGAUCGCGUUUAUGAGAACGUGCCUGGUGUUGUUGAUGUCAGGUAUGGUGGCGAGAGGGUUGCUGUUAGGAGAUUCAACUUUAAGGAUAUUGUGCUGUGGAACCCCUGGGCGGAGAAGGCAGCGGAGAUGUCAGACUUUGGGGACGACGAGUAUUCGGAGAUGCUCUGUGUUGAGGCCGGCACUGUGGCAAGCACGAUCUCGCUGAAACCCGGGCAGACUAUCCUGUGCGGCCAGCUGCUGACUGUCGAGAAGAUUUCUCAAUAAGUUUUUUAUUUGGAAUAUCAAUUUUUAUUUUGGGCCCUGAUU